GUUCUUUCUUGCUCCCACAUCCUGUGCACGUUGUCGUCGUCGUCGUCGUCGUCGUCGAUGAGCUGCAUCCAGAGCGCAUACGCCGAGUCGAUGUACCUCGCUACAUAGUUCCAACAUGACGUGCUUGUGUUUACCCUCCCCCGCACGUCUCGACUGUGAUCGGCCCGCACUCGAGUACGACUUCAUGCGCCCAUUUUGCCCCAGCGCAGAGGGCUCUCCAUCGCUUGUAACCCACACCCUGCUCAGCGUUACAACCCAACACUGUUGAAGACUUCCAACACCACCAGGUCUACCCGCCGGUCCCCAUCAAUCGCGACCUUAUCAUAUCAGUCUAACCUCUUGACGGGGUAAUCAGCGGCCCCCGCCCAGCCUGACGCACGCGCCCCGCCGCACGCUAUGCGCAGCGCGCACCCGCACGGCCAUUCACACAACUUUACACCUGCGCCCAUGUAGCCAUGUCCUCGACGUCGCCAUCUCUCCUCGCCCCCGCGUCCGUCGAGCUCGUGCAGUGGACAGCGAUCACCGUGGGCGUGCAGAUGACGCUGUAUGGCGUACACACGGCGCUCUUCUUCAUCUCGCUUUCGGUACUGUUCCACCACUCCCCAAACAACCUCGCCCUCCGCGCCGCUACGACCUCCAUCUUCAUCUGCGCCUCCGUCGCCUUUGUCGGCACUGUCCCCUUCUACCUCAUCCAGCUCUCCUUCUUCAAGGGUCCCCCCUCGGCCAGCGCGCUACGAACGGCGGAUGAUAUCAUGGUGUCGAACAUCGUCGCGCAGCGGGUGAUGCUCUUCAUCGCGGACCUCGUCGCGGCAUGGCGUGCCUGGGUCGUCUGGAUGCGCGAUACGCGCGUCGCGUGGGUUCUCGCGGCAUGCAUGCUAGGGGUCGUAGUCUGCUCCGCGGGCGAAGUCACGCUCUACAUUCAGUCUAAGGUUUCCGGGAACGACAACUUCGGAAAGCCGGUGCGGAUAAUCUUCAGCAUCGUGCCCGGGCUGGUCGCGAAUCUGGUGUGCACGGUGUUGGUGGGGUGGAGGACGUGGUCCUACCGUCGUCUCAAGGCGCGUAGCGUCGCCAGCGGGCGCUCGUCGCCGAAUCGCAUCGAACGCGUCCUGGUAUUGCUCGCCGAGUCUGGAGCGAUUUAUGUGGCUUUCUUUGUUCUCCUCCUCGCCAUGUACAUGAAGAACUACCUAUCCGGCAAGGAUUAUGCCGUUGGGCUGGAGACGGUGGUGCAGGUUGCAUUUGGGGAGCUGGUGGUAUGUCUUCCAUCGCUACCCUACACUGCUUCUACCACGGCUAACCAGGCCGACGACGCGUUCCCCCAUUCCCUCCCCUAUACCUUCGUCUCAAUCCCCACAGACCCAUCUUUACUCUCACUAAUUACGCUCACCCAGGCCGUCAUCCCCACGCUCGUCAUCAUUGCCGUCGCGCUACAGCGCUCGCAGGCCGAUCCGUUCGUGUCGACCGGCGCUUCGGGCGGUGUAGUACUGUCCAGGAGUAUCCAGUUCAGGUCGGGGCCGUCGUCAAGACCACACUCGGGCCUGUCAUCCAGGCGAGGACCAGGGGAAGAGGCGGAACAGUGGGUAGCGGAGGGGGAGCUUGAGGCGCACAGGAUGAAUGUCAGAAGGACAUCCCGCGGCGACUCGCUGCUCGGCGAGGACGAUACUCUACCAGAGUACCUCGACGAGGAUGGUUCAUGGCCGUCGCGGGAGGAGACGCUAUCGCCGAAAGACGGCGAAUGGGCGUCGCAUGAGGAUCCGUGGCUACCGGCGCAUGACACGAUGCGACAUCCUACGCUCGACACGACGCUAUCUGGCGGAGAUGAGCCCUGGCCUUCACCCCUCGAUCCGGACGACCCACGGACCUCCCCCGCUUGCGAAGACUUCGUUGAGACAUUCGGCCACGCCGAGAGUACGGCAGUGGCGACGGAGGAAUCAUAUGGGAUCUUGUUGCGCCCGAUGGGCGCGUCCAGAGGUCUCCGACCUUCGCGGGGCUCCGACGAGGAUGCACUCCCGACGCGAGACGCAAGGUUAUGACAUACGCACGUCUCUCGUUGGGUAUGUCGGGGCCGCCUGAGUGCCCUCGAGCUUGGGCGUAAUCCAACGAAGCGUAUGCCUUAACGCUUCGACCCCGUUUCCCUAUGCUUCGACCUCGUUUCUCUUCGAGUCUUCUUCACUGGCAGCUCGAGAGCACCCCUCCAUUCUCAUCGCCCCUCAGUACGAUACCCACUGUGCAUGUACUAAUAUCGCUAUUCAUUACGUUCCUUCCCUCGCCUCUGCUGUGUGUACUACCACUUUCGCUAGACCGCGCUAUAGACCAUAUGUUUUGACCUUC